AUGGCAACAGCAGGAGGAGUGGCCGCGCAGCCGGAUUCGCCGAGCGUGAAGAACCUGGUGCGGUCGAUUAGCGAACCGGUCAUCGUGACCAGCCCGCGCGGCGUCGCUCGCCUCCCCACGGACCUCAUAGUUGACGAACAGCCGCCCCCGCCCGGGGCCACCGAACCCACGAGCGGCGAGAGCGCGCCUUCGGUGCAGAGCCCCAGCAGGGGCACUAAGCUGCGGGUGCGCGACCUGAAGGAGCAGAUGGAGAAGAAUCGCGACGCGUCGCACCGGGUCAUCCGGCGAAACGAGAGCAUCACACGCCUCAAGGAGGGCGGCAUCAUGAAGGCCCUCCGCGAGCGUUGGAAGGAGCUCGAGGAGAACUCGGCCAGCGGGAACAGCACCGCGACCAAGAAGAACAACACCAUCGAAGGGAGCCCAGCCGCCUCGGAUUCAGCCAAGGCCGAGGCCCCGGGCAGCGAGAAGGCAGCGGAGGGCAAGGGAGAAGCGCCCGGCAGCAGCGGAGGCGAGAAGAAGGAGAUGGAGGAGAUGAAGAAGGAGCAUGAGAACGAGUCAGUGGCGGGGGAGAGGAAGCGACAUGUGGAGCAGGAGCUGGAGGGCAAGGAGCGGAAGACGACGGACGCCGACCGCAAGGCGGAGAGGCAGCGCGAGGAGAAGCUCAAGAACCUCAAGACCAUGGGCACGGAGACCAAGCGCAAGAGCGGCAGCGCCAUCCGCACGAGCCCGACGGCCAAGGAAAAGGCCGCCAAGGCCGAGCUGAAGGAGAAGCGGAAGCUCGAGCGGGAGAAGGAGCGGCAGGCGGAGCGGGAGCGCGGGCUGGCGCAGGUGCGGCAGCUGGAGGAGACCGUGCGGCAGCUCGAGGCCAAGGUGCAGGAGCUCGACGCGCGCAGGGGCGAGCUCGAGGCCGAGAAUACCAAGUCGCUCGAGGAGCGGCAGCAGUUGGAGGCGCGGCUCGGCGCGCUCGACGAGGAGCGGCGGCUGCUGGCGCGCACGCUCGAGGAGGUCGAGGCGCGGGAGAAGCAGGGCAAGGAAAAGGUCAAGGGCGACAAGGCCCGGGCCAAGGAGGAGCGAAAGAAGAAGGUGCAAGACGAGGAGCAGCGGUGGAGGGAGGAGCAGGCCAAGCUUACCGAGCGGCAGCUCGAGGAGGCCAAGCGGACGUGGGAGCAAGAGAGCGAGCGCAGGCGCGAGGAGGAGCGCAAGACGCUCGAGGCGCGGCUCGAAGGCGAGCUGCGGCAGAAGCUGGCCGAGGAGCGGCAGGCGUGGAUGCAGGAGGUCGAGGCGCAGAAGCGGGAGCUGGCCACCCAGCGCGAGGCCAUGGAGGCUGAGCGCCAGAGGGUCGACAGCGAGCGCGCCGCCUUGGAGGAGGCGAAGAAGGGUGGUGGCGAGGGCGGCGGCGCGGCGAGCACCAACGAAGAGGUGCAGACCAAGCUGGAGGAGCUCGAGGAGGAGAAGGAGAAGGUGGAGGAGCUGCGGCAGGAGCUGGAGGAAAAGCGGAAGCUGAUGAAGCAGAAGAAGAAGGAGCUGCUCAAGGCCGAGGACCAGCUCGACGUGGAGCGUGAUCGUCUCGACGCCGAGCGCGACCGCCUCGAGGACGAGCGAAUCGAGCUCGAGGAGGAGAAGGAGGAGCUCGCCAAGGAGCGCACCGAGUUCGAGGAGGAGAAGGAGGAGUUCGAGAAGGAGCGCGCCGAGAGCGAAGACGGAGGCGAGAAGAAGAAGAAAAAGAAGAAGAAGAACAAGGACAAGAAGAAGUCGAAGGGUCUCAAGCUGUUCAAGAUCCGCAAGGGCGCCAAGGUCGAGGGCACUGAGAAGCUGGAAGACGACGACGACGAUGACAGCGGCAGCGGCAGCAACGACGACGGCGGCGAGUCGAAGAGCGGCGAGAUCGAAGAGUGGGAGGAGGCCGUCAAGGAGGGCAACCCCGAUGACGAUGACGACGAGCCCGGCCUCGAUGUCGAACUGGAGUCGGAAGAGGCCGCCAAUGAGGAGGAGGAGGAAGAAGACGGCCUCGAGCUCGAACUGGAAGAUGAGGAAGAGGAGAACCAGGAGGAGAAGGACAAGCCCGAGAGGAACAAGGCCAACAAGAAGAGGCUCAGCACCAUCAUCCUCAAGCAGAAGGAGCAGAGAGCGCUCAAGAGGAACGCCAGCGACGACGCGCUGCCCAGGUCCCGGGGCGGCAGCGGCCAGAUCGGGGCAGCCACGAGCGGCGCCGGCACGUCUGACCAUGACGGCGGCGCUGGCGACACGGGCGAGGGCGGCAUCGCGUGGAUGGAGAGGCUGCUGCGGAAGGACCAGAGCGAGCGGCUGCGGCGGAUGAAGGAGCGGCUGCUGGCCGAGAAGAGCAAGUACUCGACCAUCCACUGA